ACACCGUCGCCGAUCACGGUACACAGAGCACAGCGCAAAACGGGACGCCGGAUGCGAGCGGUUGCCAUGGCAACAGUGAUGACACCGACAGCGGAUGUGACGACGAGUCCUACCAGGGGGUGGACCAGACGGACAGAGGUAGUCUAAAGCGCACCUCGAUACACACAGGGGAGACUAUGCUACCCCCCAAAUCUCUACCCAUACCCGCAAGCAAACCAACACACAUACCUACACACACCCACACCCACCCGCCCCAGUCGCCGAGCGUGCAAGAGAUGUGCAGUCUAUUAAUAGAACACGGCGGGCGCGCUCAGUACUUUACACUCGAGCUUGUGGCCAGGACUAUAUAUCGGGUUGCCAUGACAACCACUGCUACCCUGUUUGGUACAGGCACAGUACCCUCGCACGAACAUGCGAGUAUGAGCAUGAACACAGACCAAGGUAUGGUUAUGUAUAGGCAGCGUGUACGGGGUUGCUUUUACUAA